UAUGUUUUGUAAAAAAAACACCUUGAAACUGAAUAACUAAAUUUGUCUGAUAAACAGACCAAUAUUUUGUUCAAAACAAGCGUGUUUUAAGGUGAAUAUAGACGCAAAAAUUCAAAUAUGUUGCUUCUUGUAGGACUUUCAACGUUUUCUCUCUUUGUAAGUGGUGUACAGGGUAUAACUUGCUAUGUGUGCGUUAGUGAACUAAACGGAGCAUGUGCAGAGCCCUCUAACGCUGAUGGUGUUGUCAUUUCCACAACAAACUGCGAUGGUGGCUCUUGUAUGCUAUACAAAACAAACUAUGGAUAUACAAGAGGGUGUUCAUUUGUACAUGUUUCCGAGGAUUGUGUCUCAGGAGAGUACCUUGGCUAUUCAGCGGAAAUUUGUGCUUGUAACAGUAAUCUGUGCAACAGGUCUGUUGGAUUGUGUCCGUUUGUACCUACUUACAUAAUACUGCUGGCUAUAUCGCUUGCAUUCAAGAACUACAGAUAAACAUGGGCGCAAAGACUUUUAAACGUGUGCGACAUACAGAAAAGAAAUGAGGAAAAGCGCUAGCUUAUGCAUAACACUUUAAAAUACAAUGUGAAAUAUUUUGUUAAAAGAUGAUAUUGUUUAGCUUGACUGUGUUUUAUACUCCAACAGAAUUCUUGUAGUGCUGUGGAUUUUCUUUGCUUUGUUUAUAAAAGAGAGAAUAAAUCUCCCAUCACCUUUUUCAUUCCGGACUGUCGCGACGGGCCGGCUUUAUGAUAGGAUUUAAUUUUAAAAACGCCGAAAAAGACCGAAGCUUUCGAAUCUCAUGGAAGCUAUUUUUACCUUGCUUUCUAUGCGAGCAACUGCAAUUGCAUUGUCAAGCUGAGAACCAGCUAUUAUAAGAGCCUCAUUUCUAAAUGAUAUUUGUUUCCGUUUUGCGUAACCAGUAUAUGAACUUCGCAGACAUUUCAGUCUCAGCUAUGUUGAACAUUAGUAUGACAAGAUUUAGCUUACCAAAAGGUUCCUUCUAGCGCAUUAUUAUAUUAGAUAUUCUUUUUAAAAGGAUCUUAUCUAUUUAAAAACAUUUAAGUUAUUUCACACAAACAUUUAUUUAACUUAUAAUAAUAAUCAAACACCUUCUACCUAAAUAUUAUAGCUCUGUCAGCGGAUAAUAAAUAAUAAAGACCAUCAUUCUAUCAAAAUUUCGGGAAUCCUCUGUCGAAACCUUCCCUAGUGGCACUGAUCGGAAUUCGGCCAUAUGUUAGCCUCUUUGUAAAUUGAAAGUUUCACAUAGCAAUACAUGGACAGAAAAGUGCUGUCAAAAGCCCUUAACUGCAUCGCAUGAUUGAUACUUCCAGCUCCAAAACGAAAUAUGACCGCCUAGGUCCGUAAAAGUUAAGCUACAAGAGAAUGAAACCAAGCAGAAUAAUAGCAGACGAUAAUUUUGGGCGAGAGUCUAUUUUAAGAUGAUGCAUAUUCAUUUAAAUAAUCUCGAUUCUUCAUUAUGACAAGUUAGAUUUAGGAGUUAUAUGAUUUAAACUAUGUUAUUGUUUCUUGAACGUGUUAUUAAGUAGUUGUAUUUCACUAAACUUCAGUCUAAAGAUUGAAGUUAAAGAUGCGUAAACACACACUGGCAAAGAGGCUAUUUAUAAUGAAUAUGCAUGAGUCCAAGAUGGCGGCGCCCUACUGGAAUUCGGAUGCCUUUGAUGAUACCCUUGUAUCCAUUACCUGCUCAGUCAAGUGUGACAUGUUCACCAUAAGUGUUCCUUCUCUUGAGAAGGAACAAUAAACGGGUCGCUGAUCAGUUUACAUUGUUUUGUAAACAUGUAAAUAUUAUUAUUUUGUCAUUUUCGCAUCUAUUCUAUUGUUAGUAAUCGUGUUCCUCAGCAAUGUCAUAAGAAGGACAGAUGGCAUUAUUUUUAUUUGUAUUAUCAUUAUUAUGUCAAUUUCUGGGUCAUUAAAUAUAUACACAUGUAUGAUCCAUUUAUAACCAUGUCUUUAAUGAAAAUGCUAUGUAGCAAUUGCUGUGACCACUAUGUAUGUAAACUUUGUAAAUAAAAUUUAUUCUUACUACACAA